UCCGCCUGCCUGAGUCACGGCUGGAGCUGGGGAGGAGCCGGGAAAGGAGGCCCCAGCCCAGAGUGCAGCCAGCGGCCGCACUGCACAGAGAGCAGGCAGGGAGGCCGGAGAUCAUGGGGGAGAGCGCGCUGGAGCCGGGGCCUGUGCCCGCAGCGCCGGCGAGGGGCCCGGUGCACGCCGUGACGGUGGUGACGCUGCUGGAGAAGCUGGCCACCAUGCUGGAGGCGCUGCGGGAGCGGCAGGGGGGCCUGGCUCGGAGGCAGGGAGGCCUGGCGGGCUCUGUGCGCCGCAUCCAGAGCGGCCUGGGGGCGCUGAGCCGCAGCCACGACACCACGAGCAACACGCUGGCACAGCUGCUGGCCAAGGCGGAGCGCGUGGGCUCCCACGCGGACGCCGCCCAGGAGCGCGCCGUGCGCCGCGCCGCCCAGGUGCAGCGGCUGGAGGCCAACCACGGGCUGCUGGUGGCGCGCGGGAAGCUCCACGUCUUGCUCUUCAAGGAGGAGGCUGAAAUCCCAGCCAGCGCCUUCCAGAAGGCGCCAGAGCCCUUAGGCCCGGCAGACCAGCCCCAGCCUGGCCCAGAGCAGCCGGAGGCCGAAGUUGAGGAGAGCUCAGACGAGGAGCCUGUGGAGUCCAGAGCCCGGCGUCUUCGGCGCAGCGGGUUGCAGAAGGUACAGAGCCUGCGAAGGGCCCUCUCUGGUCGGAAAGGCCCGGCAGCACCAACGCCCACGCCAGUCAAGCCACCUCGCCUAGGCCCUGGCCGGAGGGCUGAUGGCCAACCAGAAGCCCGGCCUGCCCUGGAGCCCAAGUUGGAGCCAGAACCUCCACAGGACACCGAGGAAGAUCCCGGGAAAUCUGGGGCUGCUGAAGCCGCCGUGCUCCAAGUAGAGAGUGCAGCCUGAGGGCUGGUGCUGUCUGCUUCUCUUGUGCCUAUGCCUAGUCCCCAAAUAAAUCUCCCUCUCCCAAUGCAGCAUUCACGCCCAAAUAAGGAGUGAAUCCUGCACCCAUAGCCCAGCUCUGGCCUUCCCUUCCCAGUGCCUUCAGUUUAGCCUGCAUCCUCUAAAAGAGAAGCAGCUGCUCACACCUGCUUGCACUCCCCUUCAAUAAAAGUAAUGUCACCUAAUCCAGACUCCAUGUGAAGGGGUGGGAGGAAAAGGCUUGGAGGAGUAAGACAAAUGUCGGAACCUGGAAUGUGCCUUCAAUUUCAACCAGAUCAUUGUAUCAUUUCUCAGGUUCCCACUGAGUCUUGGGCACAUAGAAAAAACCUGCUGGCCAUUUGCUUCUUGAGCACUUUACUCGUGGAGAGGCAUCCAGUACAGUCUCUUGCUGUAGGUGCUCAAUAAAUGUCAACAAGUGGUUUUC